AUGCUCAAAAAACACACUGGAAACGAUCAGCCUGUAUCUUUUCCUGCAUCAGAAAUACAAAUACCAGGAUACAAAGUUUCAGAAAAGACCAGAACGGAAGUUGCCCAGAAAACAACGAACAAGGAAAAUCAUGGUGAUACACACAGGGUUCAGAAAUGGCAUCUAGCUUUUCCAGGGAACAAAAGAAAGAAACUUUCAACUUGUAAAGAAGAGCUUCCAAAACUUACAGAUAUUCAUGGGAAAGACCACACAGUAGAGAAACCUUUUACGUAUCAGGAAUGUGGUAAUAGCUUCAAAGUUAGCUCUGACCUUAUUAAGCACCAGAGAAUUCACACUGAAGAGAAACCCUAUAAAUGUCAACAGUGUGAUAGGAGAUUUAGAUGGAGUUCAGAUCGUAAUAAGCACUUCAUGACACACCAAGGAAUAAAACCAUAUAGAUGCUCAUGGUGUGGGAAAAGCUUUAGUCAUAAUGCAAAUCUACAUACACACCAAAGAAAUCACACAGGAGAGAAGCCCUUUAAAUGUAAUGAAUGUGGGAAAAGGUUCGUUCAGAACUCCCACCUUAUUAAACACCAGAGGACCCACACAGGUGAGCAGCCUUAUACUUGUAGCGUAUGCAGGAGAAAGUUUAGCAGGCGGUCAAGCCUUCUUAGACACCAGAAACUCCACAGGAGAAGGGAACCCGCGCCCCUCCCCGGCCCUGGGCGAUUGCAAGUUUCGCUUUUUCCCCCCGACCUCUGGGUUUUCGGCACAACUUUGGGAGACGCCACCGCCAGGCGAGAGGAGGAGGGUGGGACUGCAGGGAGAGGAGUUUGGGGCGCCCUGGGGCCCCGGCUGGGGGCGCCCUGCGUCUCCCCCAGGCCACCCCCGGGGGUCACCCUGGCCGCUCCUGCACCGCCUGCCGGGGGAGUCGGGGCCCCGGGCGCCGCCCUGGCCCCGGAGUGA